GCCCUUCCGAGCCCGCGCCGAGCCCGCGCCAGAGCCGGAGCCAGAGCGCGGGCAGCGCGGAGCGGGCGGCGGGAAGGUAGCGGUGUCCGGCGACCCGCCGCCCGGCUCAGUCCCCGAAAGACCCAGACCCCGCCCGCCCGCCGGGGCCAGAGGGAGCCGGGGACCGCGCAGGCGAGCACCCGCCGCGGGGCUCCACCGUGAGCAGUCCGAGGUGAGCCCCGGAGGAGGGCGCGCCCACCGGAGGAGGUCCAGCCCAGCGCACUCCACACCUAGCUCACUUGUGUCUGGAGCCGCGGACGGACCAGGAGGCGUCGGCCCGGAGCCAGCGCGGACAGCGGGGCGACCGUCCCCGGAGGGCGCGGGGGAGCCGGGCAGAGCGGCCGCGCGCCGAGCCAUGCGCGGGGCGCAAUAGCAGGAAGCGCGGGCUGCAUGGAGCGCGCUGGGGCGCGGGGACAGCGCGGUGGCCGGCGCCUGCAUGGGCUCCCGCUCGCGUUCCGGUUGGCGCUGCUGCUGGCUGGGUCGCCGUCGGGCCACGCGGGGGCUCCCGAGGCGCAGGAGCCCGCAGCCUCCGGCACCGCGGCCCCGGAGGGAGGCGACCGCUGCCGCGGCUACUACGACGUGAUGGGCCAGUGGGACCCGCCCUUCAACUGCAGCUCGGGUGUCUACAGCUUCUGCUGCGGCACGUGCGGCUACCGCUUCUGCUGCCACGACGGCCCGCGCCGCCUGGACCAGAGCCGCUGCUCCAACUACGACACGCCGGCCUGGGUGCAGACCGGCCGCCCGCCCGCACGCACCCGUGACACUGCCGCCCCGCGCGACCCGGGCCGCGAGCGCAGCCACACUGCGGUCUACGCGGUGUGCGGUGUCGCCGCGCUACUCGUGCUGAUUGGCAUCGGGGCACGCCUGGGCCUGGAGAGAGCGCACAGCCCGCGCGCUCGGCGCACGGUGACCAGGACACUGACAGAACUUCUCAAGCAGCCGAGCCCCCAGGAACCCCUGCCCCCACCUCUGGGUCCACACCUGGGUAACUGUGUCCAGGUACAAAUGGGCGAUGGUGUUCUUCGGGGUUCCCCCCUCAACAACACAGACAAGAAACGCCUCAAUAAUGCACCUCUGGGAUCUGCUACCCCUGGCCCCCCGCGCGGCCCCCGGCUGCAGGGUGGCGGCAGCCUGACAUUGCAGCCCGACUACUCCAAGUUCGCUACUCUCAAAGCAGCCGCCCUCAAGGCCACAGAGGCUGCACCCCAGGACUUCUAUCAACGCUUUCCCUCUACCGAGCCGGCUCCGCGGACCCUCCCUGCGCGGACCCCGCGUCCUCCGGAGGACUUGCCUGCGCUGCUCGAAGCCUGUCCCUGGGCCCCUCCGGGUUACGUACCUCCCGCCGGCCCUGUCCCCUACGCGGCCUGGACCGCGGGCCGCCCCACGCGGCCGGUUCCCCGUGGCCACUUGGUGGCUCAGGUCUCCCCUGCGCCCCGGCGGCCCAGCCACGUGCCGCGGCGUCAGUUCAGCGUGGAGAAGCUGCCCGAGGCCUUCAGCGCGCAGCCCGCCGCCACCUUUUACAGCAGCGCGGGCAGAGGGCCCCGGCACCUGAGCACCAACAGCAAAGCCGAGGUCACGGUCUGACGCAGAACCGCUAGAGCCUUCUGCGUGGUCCUGGGCCCCAGGCCGUGGAGUGGCCAGACGGGACUCGGGACAUUUGGAGCCUGUGGCUAAAGGGGCCAUUGGAAAUGUAGGGCUAUCCGUACCUGUGUAAAUAAACCCUCUAAUGUGGUUCCUGUCCCGA